UUAUUUCCUCCAUAUCCGUGAUGGUUUUUAUACCCGUGGCGCAGACGAUCCCAGCCGCCAACGAAGAACUGACUUCCGCGCAAACGGCUUUGCGACCAAACCCACUUUUCAAAUCGAAAUCUUUCGUUUUUAAGUCUCUCCAAGAAAUCUCUCAUUUUGAGAAUCAUUUGUCAUUUUCGGAAAAUUUUUUCAUAAAAAUUUAUUUCUCUGGAAAUAAUGAUUUUUUAUUCGUGUUAGCCCUAUUUAGAAAUUUAAGUCUUGGGCCAUUUUUCCUAAUUCUGCAUUUGGCCCGAUGGAUGCUGCUGGAACUCAUAGAAAAUCUUUUGGAUAUACGGAGAUUAAUUGGGAUAAGCUUGAUAAGACCAAGUUUUAUGUUGUUGGGGCAGGGAUUUUUACUGGUGUUACUGUUGCACUUUAUCCAAUUUCGGUUGUGAAGACUAGGAUGCAGGUUGCUUCACAUGAUGCUAUAGAAAGAAAUGCAUUUUCCGUUAUCAAAGGUCUACUAAAAACAGAUGGGAUUCCCGGUUUAUACAGAGGUUUCGGCACAGUCGUUACUGGAGCAGUACCUGCUAGAAUUAUAUUUCUCACUGCAUUAGAGACUACAAAAGUGGCUUCUUUCAAGAUGAUGGAACCAUUCAAAUUAUCAGAGCCUACACAGGCAGCUAUAGCAAAUGGAAUGGCUGGGAUGUUAGGAUCUCUUUGUUCACAAGCUGUGUUUGUUCCAAUUGAUGUGGUUAGUCAAAGGUUGAUGGUGCAAGGAUAUUCAGGCCACGCUACUUAUAAUGGUGGCCUGGAUGUAGCUCGUAAGAUUUUAAAAUCUGAUGGAAUUCGGGGAUUUUACAGAGGAUUUGGUCUAUCUGUUAUGACUUAUUCCCCAUCAAGUGCUGUAUGGUGGGCCAGUUAUGGCUCAAGCCAACGCUUAAUUUGGAGCCUCUUAGGUUAUGGCACUGAGCAUGAUGGACCUGCUCCAACUCAAGGGACCAUUAUGUUGGUUCAAGCUGGUGGAGGGAUUUUUGCAGGUGCUACAGCAUCCUGCAUCACAACCCCAUUGGAUACUAUCAAGACUCGCUUACAGGUGAUAGGGAAUGAAAAGAGACCCACUGCAAGACAAGUAGUUAAAAAAUUGAUGGCGGAGGAUGGAUGGGCUGGUUUGUAUAGAGGUCUGGGACCAAGAUUUUUCAGUAUGUCAGCUUGGGGAACUACAAUGAUACUGGCCUAUGAGUAUCUAAAGCGCUUGUGCGCGAAAGAUGAAUAGGCUCAUCAAUUACUACCUGUUAUGGGUAUAUUUUUUAGGUGGUGGCAGGGAUUUUGUUUCAACCUCUCCAACUCUAAAUACAUUAUCGGAGAUAUUAUAGAAAUGCUUACUUUUCACUGCACCGGCGUAACCGAGAAAUAACCUUCUGUUACUAUAUUGGAAAGCCAGCACCCUUGGCACAAGAAUUUACGUACGUGCCAAUUUAUAGAAAACAUUAUGCUGUAAUUCUUUUUGAUGCCAACUCAUUAUUCUUAGUACAUGUAAUUGAAGCACUCUUAAAAUGUGAAGAAUAUGUUGUUAAUCAGAGAUUUUGGGUUGAUGUAA